GGGGAGGGGAGGGGAGGGGAGCGGAGGGGGCAGAGGAGGUGGAGAAGAGUAUCCCCAUGCAUGAUUGGGUGUUCGUCGCUGUCAUUGUGUUUCCAUCGACAGGAUUAUCAUGCCGCAAUUGAUGAAGUUGUGGAAGCGGGCAGAAGCACGCCCUGGAGGAGAAGAUUUUGACAUAUUGGUGUCGGAAUGAAGAUUUUCCUCGUCGCCAUGGUCGUUGGGUGUUAACGAUGAAACACCAGCAGCUGGAGGAAGGGCUUUGGUUAUUGAAUUGAAGGGAUCGUUGAAUAGUGGAGGUGCUACAGGUGUGGCAAAUGAGAGGUUAGCGUUAGGGUUUUGCGGGUUCGUGGUUGAGUGCAGGUUGGAUUGUGAAAGAGGUGGUUGUAUAAGGGAAAAUGAUUGGUGCGAUCAAGUCUCAGGGAUGGUUUCUCGUGGUUCGGUUCUUCUUGAGAGAAUGGUCUCCGGGAGUGUCAUUGUAGAGGACCAGCAGGGAAUGAGGAGCUACCGCGUGUUUUAGAAGCGAAUGUUCUUUUUAUUUCUUAUAUUAUUUUGGCAAGCCGUUUUAAGGAGUAGGCUAUGCUGCCCCAUAUUUGUUAUUGAAGUUUCUUGAUGAAGUGAACCUUUGUUGCUCAUGAGAGAUUUCUACUCACGAGUUUGUUUCGGAGGAUUCAUUUUAGGAGGUUCUUGACUUCCCUGUAGGUGCGGAAUGCUUACCAUAUUGCUCGAAAGCGUUUGGGGUAUGAAGUCUGGCAAUUCAUAUAGGAAACGUCUUGGUUACACAUCGGCUGGAGGAUUUACAAUGAUUGCAUCCGGUUCAAAUUUAUGAUUCUUUUCUGUAGCAGCGGAAAGGAAGGGCUGAGGAUGAUGGCGAAAAAUAAGGACUACGUAUGGGUAUAAGAUUCAAUCGUACAUGGCAUAGACUUUGAACUACAAAUUUACGAGGACUAGAUGCCGUGAUUUUGCUUGAGGUGAUGCACUCAGGGAAGGGAGGGCAGCGAAUGGCAGAUCAUUCACGACACGGAAAUCUCGAGCGUGACGUUGAACAGGCUAUUAUUGCAUUGAAGAAAGGAGCCCAGCUUCUGAAGUACGGCCGACGCGGAAAACCCAAAUUCUGCCCAUUCAAACUUUCUAACGAUGAGAAUGCACUGAUAUGGUACUCCGGGGGAGAGGAGAAGAAACUUUGGUUGAGUACUGUAUCUAAAAUAUUAUCCGGGCAGCGUACACCAGUUUUUUUGCGUUAUCCAAGGCCAGGAAAGGUGUGCCAGUCGUUUUCACUGAUAUACUCGAACGAGGAACGGUCGCUGGAUUUGAUAUGCAAGGAUAAAGAUGAGGCGGACGUGUGGUUCGUGGGUCUGAAGGCCUCUGUUGCUGGCGCUCAGUUGCGUAAGUCCAAGCUCAACAACAUCAAUCAUGUAGGAUCUACGAAUGCUACCAAUCAUUCACUCAAGAGGAGCAGUUUAUCUUUGACAUCACGCUUUGGAAGUUUUGACAAUUUACGCCGGGAAAGCGGAGACUUUUUCAAAACUUCGAGUUUCAUAGGCAGCCCUUUGCGAUCAGAGAAAGGAUAUCUUGGUGGAUCACUAUCUACAGUAGAAACAAAGAACAACUAUGACGCGGGUUCUGUAGGAGGGUCGAUGCAUUCCGGGAGUUCAUCGAUGGGUUCCGACAGCGUGAGUGCACAGCUGAGGCUUGUCGGCGCGGGGCAAUCUGACAAUUACAGAAUCAGCAUGUCAAGUGCUGUGAGCUCGUCGAGCCAGAGCUCUCAGCAUGGCGAGGACGGGUCACACCACGCUGAGGCGUUGGGUGAUGUGUACAUGUGGGGGGAGGGUGUAGGCGAUGGCAUUUUGGGGGGCGGUUCAGUGAGAAUCGGCGCUGGUGGCGCUAUGAACUUGGAUGCUCCUCUGCCGAAGGCUUUGGAGUCUGCCAUUGUUCUUGACGUGCAGUACGUUGCCUGCGGGGGAAAGCAUGCGGCACUGGUGACGAAGCAGGGAGAGGUGUUCACGUGGGGGGAGGAGUCGGGCGGGCGGCUUGGGCAUGGGGUGGAUUGCGACGUGUCACAUCCUCAGCUGGUGGAAGCUCUGGCAUCGUCGACGACGGAAGUUGUGGCAUGCGGGGAGUAUCAUGGUUGCGCGGUGACGCUGUCCGGGGAUCUGUACACUUGGGGGGACGGGACGCACAGCCUGGGACUGCUGGGGCACGGCAACGACAUCAGCCACUGGAUACCGAAGCGAGUGAACGGGCCGUUGGAGGAGGUGCGAGUGGCGUCGAUAGCAUGUGGACCUUGGCACACCGCGGUGGUGACGACGGCGGGGCAGCUGUUCACGUUCGGGGAUGGGACGUUCGGGGUGCUGGGACACAACGACAGGCAGAGCGCAUACUCUCCGCGGGAGGUGGAGUCGCUGAAGGGAUUGAGGACGGUGAGGGCGGCAUGCGGAGUGUGGCACACCGCAGCGGUGGUGGAGGUGAUGGUGGGAAGCUCGAGCGCGAGCAGCUGCUCAUCCGGAAAGCUGUUCACGUGGGGGGACGGGGAUAAGGGGCGAUUGGGGCACGGCGACAAGGAACAGCGGCUGGUACCGACGUGCGUAGCGGCACUGGUGGAUCACAACUUCCGGAAGGUGGCGUGCGGGCACAGCCUGACGGUGGCACUGACGACGAAGGGGGAGGUGUUCACGAUGGGGAGUUCGAUGUUCGGGCAGUUGGGGGAUCCACAAGCGGAUGGGAAGCUGCCAGGGAUGGUGGAGGGGAGGCUGGUGGAUGCGUAUGUGGAAGACAUAGCGUGCGGAGCACAUCACGUGGCUUGUGUGACCCUGAAGUCGGAGGUGUACACAUGGGGGAAGGGUGCGAACGGGCGACUGGGGCACGGGGACCAGGAAGACAGGAACACGCCGACGCUGGUGGAAGCGCUGAAGGAGAAGCAGGUGAAGAGCAUCGCGUGCGGUGCAACGUUUACAGCUGCUGUAUGCCUGCACAAGUGGUUGUCGGGAGCGGACCAGAAUGCGUGCUCUGGGUGCCGGCAACCGUUUAGUUUCACUCGCAAGCGGCAUAACUGCUACAACUGCGGGCUGGUUUUUUGCCACGCGUGCAGCUCGAAGAAGGCUCUGAAGGCGUCGUUGGCUCCGAAUCCAGGGAAGCCGUAUCGGGUAUGCGAUCCGUGCUGCGUGAAGCUUCGAAAGGCGAGCGAGGGCGGAGUAGGAGCCGGAGCGUCGUUGUCGAAGCGGGGUGCUCCGAGCCGGAAUCGGGGGAUGGAGGUGAAAGAAGGAUCUGGCAAGGGGGAGUUCCGGGUACCUAGGCCUCAGGCGCCAAACGCAGGGAGGCCGCCGAUCACAUUGGAAUUUGGAAAGGCGGGGGAGGGGAAGUUGGGGAUGAAGCGGGGCAAGAAGCCGGAGAAUUCAUCAAGUCGAGUAUCACCAGUCCCGAACGGGACGAGUGGCGGGUCGACGUGGGGUGCGGUGAGCGUUCCAGCGGGGUUUUCGAAACCUCCAUUCCAACCAAGUCUGAACGGUCCGCUGGCGAUAUCGAGCUCGGUAGUGUCAGGUCGGGCGGUGUCAAGAGCAGUGUCACCCCUGUCGAGACGGACAAGCCCUCCUCGAUCGACGACGCCGACUCCAACGGGGUCUGGGCUGGCGAUACCCAAGACGGUGGUGGAGGAUUUGAAGAAGACGAACGAUACUUUGAGUUGCGAAAACAUUCAACUGAGGUCGCAUAUUGAGAGUUUAUCCCGGGAGCUUCAGAGGCUUGAUGGAGAGUUUCAGCGAUCCGCACAGCAACUCCAGAAUGCUGUUGUGAUGGCUACGGAGGAGUCAGCCAAGUCUAGGGCUGCUAAAGAAGUAAUCAAGUCUCUUACCACUCAGCUGAAAGAGAUGGCAGAGAGGUUGCCUCAAGGUGGUUUCAAACACGCUCGAUCAGUGUCCUUAUCUCUUGCCCGUCUCGGCGUAACAAAUGACGCUGUAGAUAAUGCUGCCCUUGACUCACUGGGAACGCCAUGCAAUGAACGCCUGGGUUCGGUCUUUCAGCAAUGCAGACCAAACAUGUCAACCCUCAACAUCCAAGAUACUGAGGCAAAUGGAAUCGCCAAUUCUCAGACACUCUCAGUACGGGCUUCUCAAAGACAGGACAACCUUCCAUCUACCUCAGGUCCUUCCCCUCAUACGGAGGCUGACAUUAGUAGUACAUUGGGCAGGAUAGAAGGAAGUGAGCGAGUGGCAACUAGGCCAGCGGAAGAUAUGAAUGGAGAUGAUAUAGCACAGGGAAUCGAGGAAGGGAACAGGACUUCAGCUUGUCCUGUGUUGGUUGGGAAUGGAAGAGAGCCCGAGACAGAGUGGGUAGAGCAAGAUGAACCUGGGGUGUACAUCACAUUGACAGCCCUCCCAGAAGGCGGUAAGGAUUUGAGACGCGUGCGGUUCAGUCGAAAACGGUUCAGUGAAAGGGAAGCUGAGCAGUGGUGGGCAGAGAAUCGGGUGAGAGUACAUGAACAAUACCAAGUACGAGGCGGAAUCGACAGAAGGAGCAACCUUAGUGAAACUCCUGGUUAAGCUGCCAUGCGUGUUGGAAGCCGGCAAGAGGAUUUCGGGAGGUCGAUUCCUUUUUCUUCUAGGCCGGGUUCAUACUGACACAUCGGGGGUUUGGAGCAUUUUAGUGUACAGGAAACAUGGAGAAGAGUUUGCAGCGGCAACUUACUUGGAGCUUGUUCCGAUUGCCUCUUCUUACCUGAAGCGCAAUGUGGAGUAUACCGUGGAAAGGGAUGCCAAUAGCACCUUGUGUAAGAAGAACGCUAGUUUUAAAAAAAGGCCACGAUACAAAUCUCUGGUUGAAUUGUGACAUUAAGCUGUGGGUUUUCUUGUUAAUUCCAUCGAAGCUUGGAUGACACAGUAAAGGAACUUUCACUGCAUCAGCAUUUAAUUCCGCUUCCUCAACGGGUCUUCCUUUCAUCAGUGAUUAUGCACUGGUAUUGAACAGGCUACUCCUAUUAAUUCUCAAUUGUAUCAGGGUGCAUUGUAUGCCCACACAGAUGACAUACAUGGAGGAUGCUCCCUGUUCCUGUCAACUGUGUUUUCAGGCAUGAUAUAAUAGCAAGAUGUGGGAACAGCUUGUCUUAUGUAUCACGCCUCUCUCCAUGUGUAGGUUGAACUCUUCUCUGUAGCUUAGUCUAUUGAUUAGAUUUGGAAUUUUAUAGAGCAGCUUGUCAGGACUUGUAUUAUAGCUCUUCUACCAUUACCUGGUGCUUGGUCUGUACCAUAUGUAAUAUAAAUUUGUACCAAUCAUUUUGUAAUCAUCUCUCGGAUAUGUAUUCAAGCAAA